AUCGUUCGAUACCCCCCGAUUUGGAAACUGAAAAAAAGAAAGAUUUAUUAGAGAAAGUUUUAAAGCAAAAAAUAAAUAAUGGAUAUAAAGUCAAAAGUGACUUACUUCGCCAUAACGGAAAGACAAAAACUCCCGCUUCAACACAAACCGAGCUCGU